AUGGCGGAUACGAACCAGGUGAAUCGGGAACCAUUCACGAGAGCUAGAUCGACGGAAGUAAUUUCCAAUCUACCGAAUCGUCCCUCCGAUACAUCGAUCACAUCGCCCGUCCAUAAUGCAAAUCUCAUAUGGGAUGAGAUAAGUAGAAGCUUCCAUCGUAUGAUGGAGGAAAUAGACGCGGCCCGCGAACCGCGUAGGCCGGAGCAUGACGUCAUACAUCGACUCGAGUCAGUGUUAGAAAAAUUUGCCCAACGCAUCAACAGAGAAGAUUCGCAAGGGUCAAGACGCGAAAACAGGUCCGCUGCAACAUCCUUCGCUCUAGACGAAAGUCAGGUAUUAGCGAGACGUUCUGUUAGUUCCAAGUUACCAGCGUUUUCCGGUAAACCCGAGGAGUGGUGUGCAUUUGCAAAUCAAUUCUACGAGACAACAGAGCUGUGCGGAUAUACCGAUGGAGAGAAUAUUGUGAGGCUGCAACAAGCACUUAAAGGAGAAGCGCUUAAGGCGGUUCAAGGCCGGGUUAGAAAUUCAGGAAACCUGAAGGAGGUAAUGGAAGAGUUAAAAAAUUCGUUUGGCCGUCCGGAGAUCAUAGUGAAAACGCUGUUAAGCCAAAUACGACGUCAAGUGCCACCGAAAGUUGAAAAGCUAGAGUCGUUAAUCCAGUUCGCCGUAUCCGUGGACGAGAUGUGUGCUACAGUAAGGAACAACGGGGUCGAGGAUCGAUAUGAUGGCCCCCUUUUAGAUGAGUUGGUUUGCUGUCUUCCUCCGAUGAUCAAGCUGAUGUGGGGUUUACACAGCAUUAACCUGCCGAAGGUCAAUUUAGUCGAAUUUGGAAAGUGGAUGCAAAACAUAAAACGCGCAGCCCAGUCUGUGACGAACCCUGCAGCGCAGCCCGAACAACGUAGCAGUAAGUAUGUUCACGCACAUACUAACAAUGAUCACUCGCAGAACAACACGGAAGCAAAGUGCGCAUGUGACGAAGGAUGCUCUCACCUACACGAGUGCGACGCAUAUUGGCAGAUGAGUGUCGCUGAUCGCUGGGACAUCGUUAAAAGUCGCUACUUGUGCAAACGCUGUUUGAAAAAACACCGUGCCCCCUGCAAGGACACUAGUGCAUGCGGCAGAGAAGGAUGCACGACAAAGCAUCACCCUUCACUUCACAAUAAAGCAGGUAAGGGAAAGCCGGAAGCUAAUUUCUCUCACUCUACAGCCACGGAGGAAAACAUUAUGCUGAGAUACAUCCCGGUUGAGCUCCGUACUGGAGGAAAGACGGUCAAAACCGUUGCCUUUCUCGAUGAGGGCGCAUCAGUGUCGCUUGUUGAGCAAUCUUUGGUGGACGAGCUGGGACUGGAAGGACCAAACCGACCCCUGUGUUUGAAAUGGACCGGAGGGCAGCAUCGCACAGAACGAGACUCGAAACAGGUGAGCGUUAGCAUAGUUGGAACGUCCAUUGGCGGUGAACCGAACUACGAAGCUUCAAAUGUUCGCACGGUUAAAUGUCUUGGACUACCUGCUCAACGUGUAACAAUGGAAGUCCUGAGAAAGAAAUAUCGUCACCUAGCUCCCAUCCCGUUAGCCCAGUACGCAGCUACUCCUCCACGCAUUCUAAUCGGCAUGAACAACUAUCACCUCACCGUACCGUUGAAGACAAUUGAAGGUCAGGUAAAUGAACCAGUUGCUACAAAGACACGGUUGGGAUGGGUAGUCUCAGGUUGCGAUUCAUCUUCAAUGCGCAAUACCAGCGUUGUAGCUUUUCAUAGAGCUCAGCUUUGUGAGUGCCAGGACAUAGAAAUCAAGGUUGAUCAAGCACUAAAAGGUAGCUUUGCAUUAGAAGAACCGCGAUGCAUGGGCAAGAUAAGAAGACUUUCUAAUGACGAUGAACGAGCAAGUAUGCUGCUUCGAACUAACACCGAAUUGCAGGGAGAGCGCUAUGUCACCGGUUUAUUGUGGCGGUAUGACGACGUGAAAUUGCCCAAUAACCGAUCGAUGGCUUUACGACGUUUGGAGUGUUUAGAACGACGGAUGGCAAAAGACGAAAAUCUCCGAAAAAAGAUGGAACAGGUAUUGAAUGAACACAUCAACAAGGGCUAUGUAAAAAAACUAUCUAAAAAGGAGUGUAUGGAAAAACAUCCUAGAAAAUGGUACCUACCGAUCUUCCCGGUAUUCAAUCCAAAUAAGCCAAAUAAAGUGCGAGUGGUGUGGGAUGCAGCAGCGGCGGUAAACGGAACGUCUCUUAAUUCCAUGUUGCUGGCCGGACCUGAUCUGCUAUCUCCUCUCCCGACCGUACUCAGCAGAUUUCGAGAAUUUCGCGUAGCGAUAGCGGCUGAUAUUCAAGAAAUGUAUCACCAGAUCGUUAUUAACGAGGAGGAUCAGAACAGUCAAAGAUUCCUAUGGAAAAUUGACCCUCUACAAUCCGAUCCUGAUGAAUAUGUGAUGAUAAGAAUGACCUUUGGGUCAGCCUGUUCACCAAGCUGUGCACAAUUCGUCAAGAAUAUGAACGCUGAUCGCUUCGUAGAUCGUUUCCCAUCAGCCGUCGAGUGCAUAAAGUAUCAUCAUUACGUCGACGACAUGCUUACGAGCGUAGAAAGUGUUCCGGAAGCAGUAAAGCUCGCACAAGAGGUUAAAUAUAUUCAUUCUCAAGGAGGUUUUAAACUGCACCAUUGGAUGGCAACUCAUACCGAGGUAUUACGAGCAGUGGGUGGUAGCGAUAAUACGGAAAAGGAUAUGAACCUCGAUCCAGCUGCGAGCGCACAAAAGGUUCUAGGAAUGUGGUGGAACUCGCACGAAGAUACAUUUCAAUUCAGAGUGCCAGUAAAAGAUCUACAGAUCCUGCAAGGGAUAACAACGCCGACUAAACGACAAGUUUUAAGCACACUCAUGACAAUAUAUGAUCCCUUAGGUCUGAUUGCAGGCUUUUUGUUCUUCCUUAAGGUUCUGCUGCAGGAAAUUUGGCGAUCCGGUAUCGGGUGGGACGAUCCAAUUCCUGCUAGUCUACAAAACAAAUGGGAGAAAUGGUUAGCAUGUAUACCUCAGCUACAAUCGGUCAAGAUUCCGCGCUGUUAUCGUACCGCAAUUAGAAUCGAUGAUUGCAAGAUUCAGCUUCACAUCUUCGUAGACGCCGGGAAAGACGGAUUUGCAGCCGUUGGAUACUUUCGUUUCCAGUCAGAAAGAGAACGUGAAGUUGUUUUAAUCGGCGCUAAAACUAGAGUGGCUCCGUUGAAAUAUACAUCGAUUCCGCGGUUAGAGCUGCAGGCAGCCGUACUAGGGGUAAGGCUGAUGACGGCCAUCGAAACAGCACAUCGAAUGAAAAUCGAUCGUCGCUUCUUGUGGACGGACUCCAAAGACGUAUUGUGUUGGCUCAACGCUGAUCAUCGAAGAUACAGCAUCUACGUAGCACAUCGAGUAGCUGAAAUUCUCGAGAGCUCGACCGUGAAUGAAUGGCACUGGGUACCGACAAAAAACAACGUUGCCGAUGAGGGAACAAAAUGGCACAACCUUAACCGACACAUCAUCAGUGGAAGCUGGUUUAAAGGGCCAGCUUUCUUGCAACAAUCAGAGAACGAGUGGAAGCUGGAGCCUGUUGAGCCUAUGAGGACGGACGAAGAAAUACGACCAACCGUAUCACAUCAUGUCGAAAUAACGCCGAUAAUCGCUUUCGAGCGAUUCUCUCACUGGAAACGUUUGCAUCGCGCCAUCGCUUACUUAUGGAGAUUCAUCAACAAUGCCCGGUCGCCUACAACAGAACGGCAGUACGGACAUCUCACGGUGAAGGAACUUCAACAAGCUGAGCGGUCCAUAUUUACAGAAGUACAAAAAACGGAAUUCCCAGAAGAAUACCAGCGCCUUCUGGAAGAAAAGUCAGACGCAGCGCUUACAUCGACGAAAACGAUAUUUUACGUGUACGUGGAAGAAUCGAUGCCUGUCGUUAUGUAG